GAGAUCAUCCUCGCUUCGUGAAGAGCUUUUUGGAUGCUGAGUGUGAUCCCUUGCUGUGCUUUUUCAUCUUAGAUUUAGGGAAUCAUUUUCGUGAAAGGCUUUUUCUCCCCAUUUUGUAUUUGCCGACGAUCGAAAACUAAUAAUCAUGGAUCCCGAAGCAUUUUUAGAAAUUGCAAAUCAAAUAUCCCGGUUACAGAUGUAUCCAUUUUUCGAACUUGCUCAUUGCAUCAUUAUGUGUUUGUACGUAAAAGAAGACUUAGCUGGAGGUGCACAUUUAUUUUCACGUAAACACCCAUUAGCAUGCUGGGUUUCAUGCAUGCUGUCCAUCUAUGGUGGAGCAAUGUUUGCCAGCUUUCUGUUAGGUGAACCAAUUCUUUCAUCAUUCAAGAAUCAGAAUUCAUUAUUACUUGCUACUGGUGCAUGGUAUGUGAUAUUUUACAUGCCUUUUGACAUUGGAUACAAAGUAUUCAAAUUUUUGCCCGUCAAACUGAUUCUUGCCCUCAUGAAAGAAGUGAUUCGCUGCAAAAAGGUUCAUGAUGGAGUAGUUCAUGCUGCAAAGAUCUAUCCAAAUGGCUAUUUGAUUAUGAUUAUUAUUGGCACACUGAAAGGUAAUGGCACAGCAUUCUUGAAAGUUUUGGAAAGACUGUUGCGUGGUGUCUGGACUCCAAAUGCUAUUGAAUUGAUGCAGAUGAGCUUUCCAACCAAAGCUUGCGUUGCCGCUUCCAUCAUAUUUGUUCUGGACAAGAAAACUGACAUCAUCUCUGCACCUCAUGCUCUUGUCUACUUCGGUGUUGUGAUUUUCUUUGUAUAUUUCAAGCUUUCUUCAAUGCUGCUGGGAAUCCACGAUCCAUUUGUUCCAUUCGAGAACCUCUUCUGUGCCAUCUUCUUGGGAGGUAUUUGGGACACACUCCAGCGACUCUUGACUCCAGCCAGCAAGGGAGAUCAGUCCUCUGUGAAAACAGACACUGCAAAAAAUGGAAAAACAGAAUCUGCAAAGAAGAAGGAAUAAAAUUUUCCUUCCUCUUUCUAAUGGAUAAAUAUGCCAAAGAAAUCCAAGCACAACUCUAUUGCAGUUACCAGAAUCCCGAAUUUAUCUUCUGAGAUAUUUUGAGAAUUUGAUUUGAAUAUAACCAAGACAAAGAGAAAGGUGCUUUUCAGUUAACAGAUAUAUCUGAAAAAUGUUUUUUUAUUAUUUAAGUAAAGACUACUAAUUUAUUCCUCGGCGAUUUCUGUAGAACUCUUAGAUGCAAAGCCAAAAGCAUUAUCAUAAUUUUUUUUUCUCUAUUUUGCCUUAUACUGUGCAUCAAAAUCUGAGUGAAUUUCAUUUUUUAUGGGAGUGUGCUUUAGAAUUAUCUUGGAUUUUUAUCUCUUAGUUCUUUUUAAAAUUUCAUCUAUUUCAUCUAUAACUUAUUUAUGCUUAUAAAGAUUUUUCAUUAGUACAAUGCGUACAAUAUUUCAAAUAUUAUGAUAGUUAAAGACAAAGUUCUUGAAAUUAUUCCUAUGACUUGUGCAAUUAAAUCUAGUCAGAAAUAAUAAAGUAUAUCAAAUUCAGAAGUACAAACAGGAAUCUUUUGUAAAUUUUGAAUCUACAGAAGUAAUCUAAAAGAAAUAGAGUUCUUGCAUUUAAGAUUUAAAAUAUAUCUUAUCAAUUUCUUGGAAGUGGAAGUAUUUUAUUGCAUUAAAUUUUAAUGUAUUUUAUCAUUAUUCUUUUAAAAAUGUAUGCUGUUAAAAUUUCCACCAUUUAUGUUGUUUUUUAAUUUUUUCUCCUCACUAAAACCAACAUAAAGAAAAUUAUAGUAAUUUUAUUAAUAAUUUUU